AAAGAGUGAAGGAGAUAAGCAAGUGAAGAGAGCACCAGUGCACCCGUGUCUCAUUCUUCGGUGAGCUUCAAUGAUCUCUGCAGUGGUCAAAUCUACAGACCUGUUAAGCAACAUCAAUACAUCACCUGCAGAGAUGGAGAAUUCAUCUGAGCAGUCUCGUUGGGUUUCCCCCAACCUGAUCAGUCCUGACCCGUUAGCAAGCUACACAACAGAUCCUGGACUGUUGCCAUCCGUUGAAGACGAUGAGCCUUUCUACUCGAACUCUGAGACUGACUUACUACCAUCAUAUUACUCAACUAGCAGCCAGAGUCGAGCUUCAUCAUCCUACAGACACAGUCCAGUUCGCCAGGUCUACCCCUCCCCAUCAAUUCUGGGAAACAUCCAAUGGCUGGACAAUUCUGCGGGUCACUCUCUCAAUUCUACCUACAACCCCACAUCCACUGUCUGGUCAAGCAGCCCCUUCUCAAAGACCUCUCUUCACCCUCACACCUCCCCACCCAUGUAUCCUAACAGCACCACCUCCUCUUUCAUCUCUCCGAAAGAUGGCUUCACCUCUCCGAAUCGUGAUGGUAAGGAGAGUCCCAGACUUCAGGAGGUCAUGAAAGCUGAAAGAUUGAGUCCGAUGAGUGGAGGUGGGAGCAGCUUUCUCAAUCUGACCUCACCUGCCGGAGGAAUGUAUGGCCAUUCUCCGCACAUGCUCGGCCCUUAUGGAUCAUACAUGGCUACGUCGCCAGAUUACAGUUCAGCUGCGCUCUAUUCUCCCACUGGACCUUGGAUGAACCCGAACUACUCACCCAAACUUCGCAACAAGAUGAGACUUUCACCACCAGAGGCACGUGAAUGUGUAAACUGUGGAGCAACUGCCACCCCUCUCUGGCGUCGAGAUGGAACAGGCCACUACCUCUGCAAUGCUUGCGGACUGUACCAUAAGAUGAAUGGCCAGAACAGACCCCUCAUAAGGCCAAAAAAGAGACUGAUCGUAAGCAAACGUGCUGGAACACAAUGUGCCAACUGUCACACAAGCACUACAACAUUAUGGAGACGCAAUGCCAACGGUGAGCCUGUCUGUAACGCCUGUGGCCUCUACUUCAAACUGCACAAUGUUAACAGGCCUUUAACUAUGAAGAAGGAUGGCAUACAAACACGCAAUCGCAAAGUGUCCAACAGAAAUAAGAAGGGCAAAAAAAGUGGAGCUUCAGAUGUUUACUCUGAUAUGUCACACAUUGCCCCACCUGAUGAGCACGGAGGACACUAUUCUCUAAACCCAGGACCCCUUUUGUCUUACAGCCACACCCCUCAUUUACUGGCCCCCUCCACCCUUCACUCCUCCCAGAGUUUGUCCUACACCCACCACCCAAAUUCUGGAAUGGUGCCUACAUUAGUGUGAGAGAGACGGCUAUUGGACUACUAUAAUGGAGGCAUGUACAUUACACUGUACAUUUAGUAUUGUAAAUAACACACACUGCUUGCAUAAACUGAUGUAUUUUAACAAUGGCAGUUUAAUAGCUUGUAGUGCAUAGUGCAGUUUAAAUGGUGAACGGGAAUAAGUCGAAACUGUUUGCAUUUAUCAAUUACAUUUCAAAACAAAUGUGAAUAUUUAUGAUUAUAACGCUUGCUGUAAUAUUGUCUUUUGAUACAUUC